GCAGAGGCGCAAAGGGGCUUGUGACUGAAUAUCGGAGAAUAUUUCGAGAAGAUAUAUAGUGUCCGAUAUGAAGAAAAUACGCUUCAUAAGCAUCAUCCUUAUUGCCUUUAUCGUGAAAGACAAUUUGACUCCGGGCAACCAUCACGCCGUCAGAGCUUCCUCCUAUAGAACCGUGUCGCAAAAAAUGCUAAAAUCGUCAGAGAACCUGGCGGAGAACCGAUGGUUCAGUCAUGUCAGCGUACACCUCGCCAGUUUACUGAGACGCAUGACUGAUGGUCCUUUGGAGGGGAAGUCCAUUUAUUUGACGGUCGAGGACGUCCUUGGAAAGCACCUCGAUGUCGAUCUUCUUCUCCAGAAUAUCGACGUUCCGAUAUCUUUGCUCAGGACGAGUGGAGAGGAAUGCAACUCUGUUCCAAUGGACGAACCAGGAGAUCAUGGAGGUGAAUGUGAUAGCAGAGUGGAAUGGACGAAUCCCACACGUCGUCAGCACUGCAAGGGACAUUCGUCCAGUUCAGGCACCGAAGUCAUGAUACACGUCAUGGACGAGUCAGUGACAGAAUACCUCAUCGACGUGACGUCAUAUCGGGCCUUCUCCGCCAUUCUUCUCAUCUCUAUCGACGCCAGUUGCAAGACGCGUUACCUGAUGGGGGUACUCCGAACCCCGUUUCUGGCUCUCUUGUGUCCUGUGUACGUGAGAGCGCUGGACGAGGAGGAGGAGACAAAUUCAAGCGACUUCAAAAUGUAUUCGUGGCGGCCUUUCCAUCCGUCGGAAAAAUCGCUAGAGGUCGGAACGUGGUCGCCGUCGUCCACCUUAACUUGGAGUGAUCUGUUCGUCGAUAGAUUCCCGUCAUUCCACGGGAUACAGUUGCACGUUUCGAGUGACUACGCGGAUAUCCCAUUCCUAUUCAAGAAUUCCCAAGAGAACGUCGACGGGCUGAGCAAACGCUUAUUGGAUGUCCUUUCGAAGUGGUUGAAUUUCACGUACACGCUCAGCUCCAAGGCUGAAGAUGGCAGAUGGGGAGCCUAUGAGAAUGGUACGUGGACUGGAAUGCUUGGCGAUGUUUGGCGGGAGGUCAAAAACCUUACGAUUAACUCGUUCGCCAUCACUGAAGAGAGGAGCAGGGAUUUUGCUUUCACGGGGCCAUAUUACAGAGCGGGUUUUGGUUUCAUCCUGCUGGAACCUCCUCCACUACCAAAGUGGCUCAGUUUGACCUAUCCUUUGGCACUGGUCGUCUGGGGAGCCACUGGCGGGACGCUCAUUGUCACGUCUCUCAUUUUCUACCUGCUACUCCGAGGUCAACAUUACGUCAUCUCUCUCUUCAACUGCUUCUUUAUCAUAGUUAUGGGACUGUUGGGGGAAGGUGCCGCGGGAGUUCCUAACUCGUUGUCCAUCAGGAUGUUUCUGGCUUUCUGGUGGCUAGGGGCUUACAUCAUCGUUGUGUGCUACACGAGUAACCUCAUAGCAAUCCUGACCAUGCCUGUGUACCCUGCGAAGUUCCGCACGAUUGAGCAACUUGCCGAUAGUGAUUAUAGAUUAUGCAUGCUGGAUUACGGGGAGUUCGUCCCCGAGGCGUUAGCGACAUCGACCGACCAAAAUCUGCUCGCUUUAGGGUCCAAGCUAGACCUAGUCCCAAUGAUGGACACAGAAUGGUUCGGAAAUGAAGGCUGCAUUAAGCUCGUGUUGGGCGGAGGGUAUGCUAACUUAGAUUUCUAUCCUUUCUUGCAAAACCUCUAUAACGUCCUGGGAUACUCUCAUAGGAUCUACAGUCUCAGAGACAUGAUCUAUUCCGCAAACAUAGCAUUUUUCUUCAAAAAGGAUACGCCUUGGGUCUACAAGUUUGAUGAAGGGAUACAGAGAGUGGUGGAGGCCAAUUUAAUGCAGAAAUGGUAUGCUGAUAUCCUGAGGGAACGUGAAGGGAGCAGCAGAGAGGAGCCGACCGAAUCAUCUGAAAAACCACUGAGUGUCAUACACCUCCAAGGACCAUUUUUGAUACUUGCCAUUGGACUUAUUUUUUCUUCAGUCAUUUUUCUCGUGGAGUUCCUUGGGCACUACGGUUUUACAGUCUAAAUGACUUAUGCUGUGUAAAACUCAUUUUCGAGUGUUUUUGUGUAUCUGUAAGACAAGCCA